AUGGUUCCUCUCCUUCCGAUCUGUUCUGCAAGGAUUCUUUUCUCUUCCAUUAUGUCUCGAAUUCGCCUGGUUUUACCAGCUCGAGCUCGUCUUCUUCGUGCUUUGGCUCAGAUUUACAGAUCUGCUAGAAUUCAGCUUAUACUGUUUAUGCUUUCGUUUAAAUUUGUUAGAUCUGCUAGAAUUCCGCUUAACAGUUUCUGGUUCAUGCAGGUUCUGAUUGAUGAUGUUGGAGUUCAUAGCAAGUCCUCGGAGGUUCCAAGACUUGACCGUUUUGAGCCAAAUCCGACGUCGUUUCAGCUGCAGAUCUGGUUCUUCUGGAGUCUAGCUUAUGUUUAUCCGAUAUUCGAAUUGAAUAAUUGUAAUUUGACGAUCGGGAAGCUGAAAGCUGGGGUGUUUAGGGAUGAUUGGGUUGUGCAACGGAUGUAUAAGAUGUCGGGACGAAAGGAUCAGAGGAAGGGUCUGUGUCCUGGACCGAUCUUUGUCAUCCGACCUUUGCCAUGA